AAAGUAAGUCAACGGAAGCGAGAAUAGAAUAGCCGUUAGUUUCACAGGUCUCACUGCCUGUCUAAAAUCGAUAGGCGAUUGGCUUUCUAGCAGCAUAGGAUUCUGUGGGUCUUGUUAUCGUACCCACCUAAGGGGUUCGUCAUGGCCUUGAAAAGGAGACGGGCGACGUCCCCUUCUAGCAGUGUGAGUGGAGGAGAUUUUGACCAUAGCCAGACUUCGUUAGUGUCUUCAAUUGGGAGAAAGAGGAGAAGGACCUCAAACAUUCCGACUGUGGAUCCUAUUGCUGUAUGCCACGAGCUGUACAACACAAUCAGAGAUUACAAGGAUGACCACGGCCGGAUGCUGUGUGAGCUGUUCAUCAGAGCACCCAAACGAAGGAAUCAGCCAGACUAUUACCAUGUGGUGUCUCAGCCCAUUGACAUGAUGAAGAUCCAGCAGAAAUUAAAGAUGGAGGAGUACGAUGAUGUCGAUCAGCUAACCAGUGACUUCCAGCUUCUGUUCAACAAUGCAAAGACUUAUUAUAAGACUGAUAGUCCUGAGUACAAAGCAGCCUGCAAGCUGUGGGACCUCUACCUCCGGACGAAGAAUGAGUUUAUUCAAAGGGGUGAAUAUGAAGAUGAUGAUGAAGAUGGAUACAAUGCACAAGAAAACCCCGGAGGUUCCACUGAAGAUGAGAGUGCAUCAGCUUGUUUGAAAGAAGUUCUGGAGCAGCUCCUUGACGCUGUUGUGUCCUAUACUGAGCCAAGUGGUCGCCUGGUCAGUGAGCUCUUCCAGAAGCUUCCAUCCAAAAUGCAAUAUCCAGACUACUAUGCUGUAAUUAAAGAACCAAUAGAUCUGAAACUCAUCGCUCAGAAAAUCCAGCUGGGCAAUUAUCGAUGUGUCAGCGCCAUGGCUAAAGAUGUGGACCUGCUGGUGAAGAACGCCAAAACCUACAAUGAGCCUGGUUCACAGGUUUUUAAGGAUGCUAACACUAUUAAAAAGGUUUUUGCACAAAAGAAGUCCGAGAUGGAACAUGGAGAGCCAAUCAAGUCCAGUAUUCGCAUCAGAAAUAAAAGGUCUGUCCAGGGAGACCGGCUCUCAGCUAUCACUAUGGCUCUUCAGUAUGAAAGUGAUGAGGAGGGUAUCCUUUCUGGGACCGUCCACUAUGAUGAGGGUGAAUCUGAAGCAGAGAGUAUGACUUCGAACAUUGACAUGAGCAACCCCAUCUUCCAGCUUUAUGAAGCUGUUCGGGGAGCCAGGAACAGUCAGGGCCAGCUGAUUUCUGAGCCCUUCCUACAGCUGCCCUCUAGGAAAGACUACCCCGAUUAUUACCAGCAGAUCAAUCAGCCGGUCUGCCUGCAUCACAUCAAGAACAAGAUGAAGAACAAUGAAUACGAGAGUGUUGAGCAUAUUGACUCUGAUCUAAUGCUGAUGUUUGAGAAUGCCAAACGCUACAACGUUCCCCACUCCUCCAUCUACAAACGUGCGCUCAAGCUUCAGCACAUCCAGCAGAUGAAGAGAAAGGAGCUUUUGCAAAGAACAGAUGAUGAUGGCGACAGCAUGCUCUCCUCGGCCACGUCCGACACCAGCAGCACAAAAAGAAAAAGGUUCACUUUGGUUCUAAAACAUUCAACCCUGCACCCAUUUUUUGUGGAACUAACCUGUCUGUUGUCUUUUUUGGUUUCCAGCCACAAGAAAAACACAAAGAAAAAUCGAAUGAAAGCUCUACUAGCCUCUGUUACUGAAGCCAGAGAGUCCGGGACUGGCCGGAGACUCUGUGACCUCUUCAUGGUGAAGCCAUCUAAGAAGGACUACCCUGAUUACUACAAAGUUAUCCUGGAUCCAAUGGACCUCAGGACCAUAGACUACAACAUCCGCUCAGAAAAGUACAUGACUGAGGAUGCAAUGGUGGAGGAUAUGAAGCUGAUGUUCCGCAAUGCCAGGCAUUAUAAUGAAGAAGGCUCCCAGGUCUACAAUGACGCAGCCAUUCUUGAGAAGAUCAUGGAAGACAGACGCAGAGAUCUUGGGCCAGCAACGGAUGAUGAUGAUAUUAUGUCUCCAAAGUUAAAAAUAAGAAAGAGCAGCCUCUCUCUGAAAAAGUCCAAGUACCUGACCCCCUUGCAGCAGAAACUAAAUGAGCUUUAUGAAGCCGUAAAGAACUACACGGAUAAGCGAGGCCGUCGCCUCAGCACGAUCUUCCUGCGGCUUCCAUCUCGUGCUGAGCUGCCCGAUUACUACAUCGCCAUCAAGAAGCCUGUAGACAUGGAGAAGAUCAAGAGCCACAUGCUGGCUAACAAGUACCAGGACGUGGACGCGCUGGUCGAAGACCUGGUGCUCAUGUUCAACAAUGCGUGCACCUACAACGAGCCUGAGUCUUUAAUUUACCGCGACGCUCUGCUGCUGCACAAGGUGCUAUUGGAGACGAGGCGGGAACUGGAAGGUGGAGAGGACAAUCACGUUCCCGAUGUGCCCCGACUCAUCCAGGAACUCAUCCGGAGUCUCUUCGUCUCUGUGCUCGGUCACCAAGACGAUGAAGGACGUUGUUACAGUGAUUCUCUUGCAGAGAUUCCUGCUGCAGAUCCCACCAACCCAGAGAAGCCAGCGCUCAAUUUCGAUAUUGUCAGGAAAAAUGUGGAAAGGGGCCGCUACAAGAGGUUGGAUGUAUUUCAGGACCACAUGUUUGAAGUUCUGGAAAAGGCCAGACGAUUGAAUAGGACUGACUCAGAGAUCUUUGAGGAUGCAGUGGAACUGCAGCAGUUUUUGGUUCGUAUCAGAGAUGAGCUGUGUAAAAAUGGAGAGAUCCUGAUGUCCCCUGCCCUCAGCUACACUUCGAAGCAUUUGCACAGCGAUGUGGAAAAGGAAAAGAAGGAAAAGCUUCCCAAAGAGAUUGAGGAGGACAAAAUUAAGAGAGAAGAGGAGAAAAGAGAGGCAGAGAAAAGAGACGGCACUGUUGGAGGCUCCUGGCAGGUUCAGCGUACGUACAGUCAGGACUGCAGCUUCAAGGACAGCAUGUACCAUGUGGGAGAUUAUGUUUAUGUGGAGCCUGCAGAGCCUAACCUCCAGCCACAUAUCAUUUACAUUGAACGCCUUUGGGAAGAUGAUACGGGGGAGAAGUGGCUGUACGGCUGCUGGUUCUACAGGCCAAAUGAAACAUUUCAUCUAGCAACAAGAAAAUUCUUGGAGAAAGAAGUUUUCAAGAGCGAUUAUUAUAACAAAGCUCCUAUCAGCAAAAUUCUGGGGAAAUGUGUGGUCAUGUUUGUGAAGGAGUACUUCAAGCUUUCCCCAGAAGGAUUCAGGCAGGAGGAUGUCUACGUCUGCGAGUCUCGCUACUCUGCCAAGUCAAAGUCCUUUAAAAAGAUCAAGAUGUGGGCCAUGCCGCUCAGCUCGGUUCGAUUUGUUCCCAGAGACGUCCCCCUGCCGGUGGUCCGAGUCGCUUCUAUGUUUGUCACUAAACAAGAUGACAAGCCAGCAGAGAUUGUAGAAGAAAGCAAAAUGACUGCUGGUAUUAUAGACAAAGAGAGGGAGGAUGUUCCACUGGAUGUGACCAACGGAGAACCAGGCUGUCAGUACUAUGAGCAACUCUGUUACAACAACCUGUGGCUGAAAGUGGGAGACUGUGUUUACAUUGCUUCUCAUGGACUGGUGCGCCACCGAGUGGGCAGAAUUGAGAAAAUGUGGAUGCGAGAUGAAGCAGGCUACUUCUUUGGUCCCAUCUUUAUCCAUCCUGAAGAGACGGAGCACGAACCGACUAAGAUGUUCUACAAGAAGGAAAUGUUCUUAAGCAACUUGGAGGAGACCUGUCCUAUGACCUGCAUCAUAGGAAAGUGCGUUGUGGCAUCGUUCAAAGAAUACUUGUCUUGUCGGCCCACUGAAGUGCCUGAAGAAAAUGUUCUUCUCUGUGAGAGUCGCUACAUCGAGAGUGAAAAGCAAAUGAAGAAGUUCAAGGGUCUUAAGCGUUUUUCCCUCUCUGGGAAGGUGGUAGAAGAUGAAAUCUACUAUUUCAGGAAGCUGAUAGUUCCCCAGAAAGAACCAUCUCCUCUGCUGGACAGGAAAAUUGAGGAACUUGAAGCUAAGUUUGCUGAUAUGACCGAUGAAGAGCUGGAAGAUCUUGGGGAUGAUGAUGGGGACCUGGGGGAUCAUUCCCUUCCUCAGAUGCAAUCCUCUAUGAAUAGUGACAUGGACAUGAUGUCAUACACCCCUCCACAGUCGACUCCUAAAUCUAUGAAGGGGCUUGCAAAGAAAGAAGCUUCGAAGCGGAAAAUCAACAUGAGUGGCUACAUCCUGUUCAGUAGCGAGAUGCGAGCGGUCAUCAAAGCUCAGCACCCGGACUUCUCUUUUGGGGAUUUGAGUCGUCUUGUUGGCACAGAGUGGAGGAACCUGGACAGUUCCAGGAAAGCAGAGUAUGAAGAGCGAGCAGCUAAAGUUGCUGAACAACAGGAGCGCGAGAGGGGUCAUCAUCAGACGUCCCCAAGAGCAGGUACCCCAGUAGGGGCACUGAUGGGGGUAGUGCCUGCCCCAACCCCCAUGGGGAUGCUAAAUCCCAGCAUGACGCCUGUGUCAGGUGUGAUGGGUGUAUAUAGGACAGCUAUGAUGGACCAUGUUGAAGGCAUGGUCAGUUUGGCUGGUAUACCACCACAUCACAUGGGGAUGCCUGUCUUUCCCCAACAUCUCCUGCCCGUUAUGCCUGGGUUCCGUGGAAUGCCGUCCUUUGGUGUUAACGGCCUGGGAAUUGGAUCAGCAGCAGGAAACAUGCAUGGAUCACAGGUGGGUUUGGGCUCAGGACAGCAGGCUCCUCCUCCAUACCCAGGACAAAGCCAUCUGGGCCAGCCAGCUCUCCACCAGCCCUCCACUCCAGUGUUUGUGUCUCCCCCUGCCAAAUCUCAGCGGCUGCUGCACUCAGAGGCCUACCUCAGAUACAUUGAGGGCCUCAAUGCAGAAUCUUCCACUGUCAGCAAAUGGGACCAUGCACUCACAGUAAAAAAACAAGAUGUGCGCAUGACAAAAGAGCAAGAAAGCAGACUACCUUCCCACUGGUUGAAGAGCAAGGGGGCCCAUAAGACCAUGGCAGAUGCACUUUGGCGGCUUCGUGACCUGAUGAUGCGCGACACCCUUAACAUUCGUCAGAUGCACAACCAGUAGCAUGUGGAUAUUGUGAGCCUCUGUUCCUAAAACUGUUUAAGAGAAGGAGGUUUAAGCUCACUAAAAAUCUUUGUUGUUAUAAAAAGAAGUUGUUUGUGUUCAUAACAUAUGCCUUCCAUGUUGAAGCUGCCUUUUUGUUUUUCAUUUUGUAUUUCAUUUCAUUCAAAGUAUAUCAUGAAUACUGUUCAUCUGUGAUGAAGGUUAUCAUGUCAUAAUUUCACAAUAAAAUUGUGAGGAGUUCAGA